AUGCCGGCAUUUCCAGCAUUGCAGCAGACGUCUUCACCUGCAUCAGGCACCAUGACGGACGAUCCAAGUGCAUUGCCCAUGAUGGAUCAACAACAGCAGCCCAUUACGACCCAUGACAAUAGCAAGGGUGGUCUUUUCAGCAACAUUACUUCGAACCCUUACUUUUCUGCAGGUUUUGGUCUUAUUGGUGUGGGAGCUGCUUUGACGGUGCUUCGACAAGGAUUGAAUCUUGGUGCAGCCUAUGUACAACGUCGUCUCUUGGUGACACUCGAGAUUCCUUCCAAGGACAAGUCGUAUUUAUGGUUCCUGCAAUGGAUGGCACAACAAUCACCCAAGCGACGCAUGCAACAUUUAGCUGUGGAGACCUCCUACAAGCAACAUGAUAAUGGCAGUAUCACCACCACGUUUGGAUUGGUACCUGGUCCUGGUAUCCAUUAUUUCCGAUGGCAUGGUGCAUGGAUGAAGGUGCAACGACAACGGGAUGGCAAAAUGAUGGAUUUGACAACCGGCAGUCCCUGGGAAACCAUCACCAUCACCACACUGUCAAGGGAUCGUCACGUGUUUACAGAGCUACUCGAAGAAGCACAAGCCAUGGCACUCAAAAAGCAAGAAGGAAAAACCGUCAUUUAUACCUCGUAUGGCCAUGAAUGGCGUCCCUUUGGUAUGCCACGUAGACGGCGCAUGCUCGAAUCGGUCAUUCUUGAUGCUGGUAUCAAGGAACGCAUUGUGGAUGAUGUCAAGGCCUUUAUUGGUAAUGGAAAAUGGUACAAUGAACGAGGUAUUCCCUAUCGACGUGGUUACCUCUUGUAUGGUCCUCCUGGAUCGGGCAAAAGUAGCUUUAUCCAAGCCCUUGCAGGCGAGCUCGAAUACAACAUUUGCAUUCUCAAUUUAUCGGAACGAGGUCUCACCGAUGAUCGUCUGAAUCAUUUACUAAGCAAUGUACCUGAACGAAGCAUCAUGUUGCUGGAAGAUAUCGAUGCAGCCUUUACAAAACGUAAACAAUCAGACAACCAAGGAUACCAGUCAAUGAUCACUUUUAGCGGUUUAUUGAAUGCUCUAGAUGGUGUGGCAUCGGCAGAGGAACGCAUCAUCUUUUUGACCACCAACCAUGUUGAGAAUUUGGAUCCAGCCUUGAUUCGACCAGGACGCGUUGAUCUCAAAGAGUUUCUCGGCAAUGCAACAGAACUACAGAUUCGCAACAUGUUCCGACGAUUCUAUGGCGAUGAUGAAAAGGCAUUGGAGGAUGCAUUUGUGCAGCGUAUUGCCGACAAGGAUAUCAGCACAGCUGGAUUACAGGGCCAUUUUGUGUACUUUAAAGAUAGACCUAAAGAAGCAGUUGAACAAGCCGAAUUGCUAUGGACUCAAUUGCAGUAA